UGAUAUUAGGUUUUGUAUAAUGUAUCGUAAUAUCACAAUUUCCUUCGACAAACUCGGAGGACACCGAAGCGUCAGCGGUGGUGGAGGAGGGUGAGAAAUGGUCGCUUUUAUUUUUGUAAGCACAUACCGGAACCAAGAGCGGUAGGACCGGGGCGUCCACCUGAGCCGCUGAGCGCAAGCUUUCGCCACUUGAUGCCCACACAUUGACGUCGACGCCCACUCUCGAGCACCUCUCCCUCACGUUCCGCCGGUGGACGUCGCCGCGGGUACCGGAAAGGGACGCGUCUUUGGAUGCUAGCCGUUGAGCGACGAUGUGAAGAGCCGAACGAGAGUCCGUGGCUCUCUUCUCAGGGAAAGACAUCCAGGGCCGUUCCCGUUUGGCAUCCUGCCUUCCUCUCCCCCCCAGCAACAUGAAAGGCCUCUCGAGUAGCCGGAGUCACCAUCGCGUGGCGUCCUACGAGCCAUCGUACGAUCCGCUCGGUCAGCACGUUGACCGCAAGCCAUACUUGAUCAGUCAGAUGGACAUGCCGCUUCCUAUCGCGGUGCCGCAUCCGAACGAGCUGUCGUACUACAACGCUCCGCGUGCCUCGUACCCCUCCGACAAUAACAGCGUCGUCCCGUAUGGAACCUUUCCGAGACGAUGCCAUUCCACCUCCUCAUCUCACCAUCCUGAGGUAAAGGAUGAGUGUAUGGCCAUGGUACCUUAUGUAGGAACAGGGAGAGGAGGAGGAGGAGGAGGAGGAGGAGUCGGCGGCGGCGGAGGCUACGGUGGUAAAACACCCGGCCGGGUACCGGCGAACGUCGCAGACCCGUUUGAGCAUCAGUCAUCAUUUCCCAGGGACGGUUACCAUACACUGCAAUACAAACGAGGAAUGUUGGCCCAGAGUGGGGGGAUGGAGCCCAACGCCAACAACGACAGCCCGGGGAGGAUUCGCCACCUGGUUCACUCGGUCCAGAAACUGUUCACCAAGUCCCAUUCGCUGGAGGGGCCGCACCACACGCAGUCCGUCAAGGGGGCCAGUCACGGGAGCGUUAAUGGUGGCGGCGGGGGAGGUGGAGGUGGUGGUUCCAGGGCAAGUCCGGAGGGCGACGCCCCACCCGUGGGAGCGCGGCAGCGGAAGCGCAGCAAGAGUCGGGAGCGCUGUCGAUCGGCGGAGCCCAAGCAGCGAAGCCACCACCAUCACCACCACCGGCUCCACGGCUCGGCGUCGGCGCCGGGCUCCGGAUAUUGGAGCUCCGACGAUAACCUGGAACGGGAGCUGUGCCUCUACCACCCUCACCACCACCAACCGCCGCCCUCACCUUCCCCCUCCGUUUCACCCUCGCCCGUCGCCAUGACGACGGGCCGCUACCCCGGCCACGCUCACGACAACUUCGCCCUGUCCCAACACUACUUGGCGAUGGACCCUUACGACACGAUCGGUGAGCGCGCGCACGGCCACGCGCACCGCGGCCACCCGCGCCACCAUUCUGCCCUCAAAGCCUCCCGGAGCAACAACGAUGUCAAGUACGCGGCGCCGCCCCCCUGCGUGCCGGUUAGCGCUAGCGGCAAUGACAUCGGUGGAGGAAGCGGCCCCUCGCCGUCUCUGGGUCCCGCGGACGCGGCCCCAGUGAAGAAAGGGGCGUGGUCGUCCAGCUUAACGGUGAGCAGGGCCCGAGAGGUCUACACCAACCACAGCAGCCACAACCAGCUCAGAGCCGGCGCAGGAUCCGCUAACCUAAACCUAGAUAGAGAUCUAGUCAAAUCUAAGGGCGGUCGGCAACGGGAGCACACUUGCCAUUUACUACAGGUACCUCAGGACGAGUGGAGCGCUUUCUCGCCUCUGGGGAAGGAGGACGACAUCCCGUGCCGAAGGAUGAGGAGCGGCAGCUACGUGAAAGCCAUGGCCGAGGAGGACAGCAGCGACUCGGACGGGAGUCCCAAACCUUCCCCCAAGAUGCAGGCGCGACGUGCCAGCUACUUGAAGGCCACCCAGCCCUCGCUGACCGAGAUGACCACGCUCCAGAUUUCCUCAGAACAUUCCCCCAAACUACAAAUCAGGAGCCACAGCUACCUGCGUGCGGUGAGUGAGGUUUCAAUCAAUCGAAGCCUGGACACCCUGGACCCCAAAACCCUUCUCGAUCCCAAAUCGUUGCUGUCCUCACCCCAAUACCGCUCACGCAAUGAAAGCUACAUGAGGGCCAUGAGCACCAUCAGCCAGUUGAGUGAAGUCGAAGUGAACGGGCAAAUUGAGCAGGUCUGCGAGCAGGUGUACAGCGAAAUGCAGGCUCAGGCCAUGCGGAGGAUGGACAGGAUGGACAGGAUGGAGACCUUGCCCAUGCCGGGAUGUUUCCGCAUGAGGAGCCACAGCUACGUGAGAGCCAUCGAUCAGGGCUGCGCCGGGGAGGAAGAAGGAGAAGGGGGGAGACCCCUGCUUCUGCUGCCAUCCUCUCCGCCGCGCACAUCCGCCACCACCGUCAGGACAAUCCAGAGCAGCACGGUGUCAUCCUGUAUCACGACGUAUAAAAAAACGCCCCCACCGGUGCCGCCGCGAACGUCCACCUGCUCGACGGGCUCCAAGCCCUACAUCUCCAUUACGGCGCAGAGCAGCACAGAGUCGGCGCAGGAUGCUUACAUGGAAGAAGAGGGCCCAAGAGGUGACAUGACCAUCCAAUCCGGCCUGAGUAACUCAACUGAGAGCAUUGACAGCAUGAAGGCUUUGACGGCCGCCAUCGAGGCUGCCAAUGCGCAGAUCCACGGCCCAGCCAGUCAGCACGUCAGUCACAGCGCCGUGACAUUCAACGCCGCUGCGCCGAGAGCUCUGCUUAUGGAAGACCACCAGGAUGAAUACAGGAAAGAGGCACUCAGGAAGGGCAAAUGUCUCUCCAUAGGUAUCCAGGUGGAUGGACCAGAUGAGAUUCUAGACCCAGAGGACCCAUCCAAGUUCACUUCCGUUGGGGUGCAAGUGGAAGAUGAACGACGGUAUCGUCGCUUCCAACGCUCCAACAGUGUGACAGCAGCCGUGCAAGCCGAUUUGGACUUGCCGGGCCUGCUCGACGCUCCUCUGGCCUCUCCCGACACGGAGCCGGGCGUCCUCUCGCCGGGCGUCCUGUCGCUGGGCGUCCUCUCUCGGCAAUACUCCCGCGAUGCUGCCACCUCCACCGUCAGCAUCCAGGGCUCAGGGAACCACUACCACGCCUGUGCCUCUGACGAGUACGAGGACGUGGGCUUCGACCCCUCCAUCCUUCCCCCUCCGGACCCUUGGAUAGACAGCGUCGGCGAUGAGCUGGCCGAUGGCGGCUUCAACAGCUCGGCCAUCUUGGACGCGGCGCAGCGGACGGUGUGUCAGCGAGACGGCCGAUGGUUCCUCAAGCUGCUGCAGGCCGAGAGCGAGCGCAUGGAGGGCUGGUGUCGGCAGAUGGAGGCGGAGCAGCAACGGAACGACCUCCCGGAGGAUGUUCUGGGCAAGAUGAGGAGCGCCGUCGGAAGUGCUCAGCUCUUGAUGUCCCAAAAGUUCCAGCAGUUCAGGGAAUUGUGCGAGGAGAACUUGAACCCCCUUGCGCACCCUCGUCCCGUAGCCUCCGACCUGGCUGGUUUUUGGGACAUGCUUCAGUUGUCCAUCGAGAACAUUAGCCUCAAGUUUGAUGAGCUGCACCAACUUCGCGCCAAUAACUGGAGGGCCUUCGACCCACCCGAGAGAAAGCAGGAGAGGCAGCUUCCACCUCCGGUACCCAAAAAGCCACCCAAGGCCCCGCAGCAGCACCCGCCUCUGGCCCGAGAUCGUUCAUUGGAAAGUUCCGAGAAACAGCGCCAAGAGGCCAGGAAGCGGCUGAUGACCACCAAGAGAGCUGCGUCCGUGCGCCAAAACUCGGCCACCGAGAGCGCCGACAGCAUCGAGAUCUACAUCCCGGAGGCGCAGACGAGGCUAUGAGGACACGGCCGAGCACGUGGCGGCGGGCUCUUUACGGAUGACUGUCAAAUGUUCGGCAGCAGCUGACGGAGCCAAAUCCAAACCUUCACAAUGCUGCAGGGCCUCAAGUCGGACUGCUUUCCUGUUGUCGUCAAGCUGUGGCGCGCGUGCUACUGGGACAGAGCGCGAUUGUUUCCUCGGGCCGGAUGAACCCACGUGCGCCGCGAUGACCACAUAGAACGUGAAGGAAAUGGAAAAAGCAAUUCCAUGCAGGAGUUUGUGAAAAGGUAAUCACUGCCUACCGUAGCGGAGACCCGAGCCGGCUCACGUGUACCGAUUGAAAAUGCUUCUCCCGGAGCGCGCUUCUUUCGGUGAAAUGCAGAUGGAAAAACAAAAAAAAAAAAGGUUUAAUACGACAACGGCUGUGAGGGCAAGCUGCCAUUGCCGAGCGCUGACCUCUUGCGACGAUGCAGAUCGUGCGCCACCGUGGGUUCAAGGUAACCUGCUUUUUGAUUUCAUUUGAAUUUUUCCACACGUUUUGGGUGAAAGUGAAACUGACAUGAUGCUUAGGGUGCGGCGGGCACUAACUCCAAAAUAUCGAAUAUUAAGAACGCA